GAGGCGGCUCGCGCGGUGCGGGGGAGCUGUGUCCAUCUGAGCGCCGUGCGCCGCCUGCAGUGCCCACUGAGUCCCGUGGCUGGGGGCGUCCACGGGGUGCACGGGGCGGGUGGCCAGGCUUGGCGGCAGCUGCGCGAAGCCCCAGGCUGGCUGCUUCGGAAGCCCCUGACCCCAUGGAGGAAUGGGACGUGCCACAGAUGAAGAAAGAGGUGGAGAGCCUCAAGUACCAGCUGGCCUUCCAGCGGGAGAUGGCGUCCAAGACCAUCCCUGAGCUGCUGAAGUGGAUCGAGGAUGGGAUCCCCAAGGACCCCUUCCUGAACCCCGACCUGAUGAAGAACAACCCAUGGGUGGAAAAGGGCAAAUGCGCCAUCCUGUGA